AUUGGAUUGAUACCAAAAUUUGCAGUAUUGCAUAGCACCGGUAUUUGUUCGUGUGUUGCCUUUUUUCCACCCUCUGCGCACCCACGUGAUCAAAAAUCAAGCAAUGAAUGUUAAAAUGGAUUAAGUUAUAGAAACCAUGUCACAAAUAUUCUUUUAUUGUAUAAAGUGAGAAUUCGGUUUGAGUCUGGCAGCCAUCUGUGGAGGCAGGGCAACCCAAGCAACCGGGAGACGUUGCCUCCCUCCGUGCCUUGAAGCAGCUUAGUCGUCGUUUGCAGAGCGGGCUGUCAGCGGUCCGAUGAGGAGGAGGACGAUGAUGCCCGAGGAGAAAUAGCACAGCGAUAACCACCGACUAUGGUAGUUUCUACCAACAGCGUCCGACCAUGAUGUGAGUAUGAAGCCUGAGUUUUACUAGCGGGGGAGUCGCGGAUUUUGACGUUUUUAGGACCCUUUUAUCCGCCGCCGCUGCCGUUGUCAACGGUAAGUUGACCGGUUUGCUGGACCGCUUGGCUCUCCGCCGAGGAGUGAGAUGCUUCAUGGACCUGAGCUGAAUACCAAAUUACCCUCAAUCAUCAAGAGAUAGCCAGUUUGCACGAUGGAGGCCCUGGAGGAAUGACAGAGUCUCUUCCCCCUUGGGUAGCAAACCUUCAGCUGGAGAAAAUGAACUGGGCCGGUGGAUUCGUUUUUCUGGUCCUGGUGUUCUUCAUCACCUCACAAACUGCCGGGGCCUCACAGCUUAACGCAGAUGGAAACUACACGGAAACCGGUAACGCGACAGACGGAGGAUCUGUCCCUGCUGUGUUCACAAGCGUGAGCCAGAUAAUUGCCCGAGAGGGGAGCUGCGCACUGAUUGAUUGCAAUGUCACUGGAGACCCAUUCCCUAGUGUUCAGUGGUUCAACUCCCACGGUCACCGAGUGGACACGAGCGGAGGGAAGUGGUCGCUGCUCGACAAUGGUGUCCUCAACAUCACUGGCAUUGAGUUCGCAGACCGCGGGAAGUACACCUGCAUGGCAUCCAAUGCGUAUGGCAGCUCCAACUGCACGGUGACGCUGCGCGUGGUGUUCACCAACGGCGACAUGGGCGUGUACUACAUGGUGGUGUGCCUGGUCACCUUCACCAUCAUCAUGAUCUUGAACGUCACGCGCCUCUGCAUGAUGAGCAGCCACCUGAAGAAGACGGAGAAAGCCAUCAACGAGUUCUUCCGCACCGAAGGCGCAGAGAAGCUGCAGAAGGCCUUCGAGAUCGCCAAGAGGAUCCCCAUCAUCACCUCGGCCAAGACGCUGGAGCUCGCCAAGGUGACGCAGUUCAAGACCAUGGAGUUCGCGCGGUACAUUGAGGAGCUGGCCCGGAGCAUCCCGCUGCCCCCGCUCAUCAUGAACUGCCGCACCUUCAUGGAGGAGAUCCUGGAGGUGGUGGGGGUGGAGGAAAUGAGGCACACUUUCCUCAGGCAGGCUCCCGAAGGACGCCGGCUCGCCUCCAUCAGUGUGAGAGACGUCUUCACAAUCCUGCAGGAGAGGGAGCGGGGACGCAGCGAGUCACCCGCCGCCGAUUCCGACAACUCCUCUGACCACGAGCAGCCGCAGCACAUCGCCAUCCAGGUGUCGGUCCACCCACCAGUCGUUGUCGGCGAGUACAGCGAGGAAGCCGCAGAGCAGCCAGAGGCUACAGCGUCCUCGUCCUCAUCCCCAUCCCCGCCACCGCCUUCUCUUCACCACAACGAGCAGCCCGAGGACACCGAGCAGGCCGCUGCCGCCGACGAACCGGUGGCAAGCCAGACCCCCACAUGCCAGGUGUUCUACGAGAGCCACGUGUGACGAACUGUGGCGAGCUCCGGAGAGACGAUACGUUACCCUGCUAUGCAUUUCCACUUGAAAAAAGGUCCAUAAACAUUUGUAAGUUCGCAUUUUGAAGAGAAACAAUCAGUUUUAUUUAUCGUUUGUGAACAAUCUCUCUAAACCUCUGCAGGCUCAUCUACUGAAAAUAAAUCAAAAGGAGACUCUGUCACUCUGGAUGCUUGAAUGUACCCGGGCGGAGGAAUAUCAGUGUAAAUGUAACAAGCAAAGCAUUGUAAACGGGCAUUUCCUGUGUUUUUAUUUGAAGAGUUGUGGGGAUUUUUCAGUUGGUAGUUUCUUACAAUGCUAGGGGUUUUUAACACCAUACUUCAGAAAUCUGCCUCAAGCUGCUCUGCGUGCUCUUGUUUUCAGAUUGUGAAAGCGAGCUUCCUAGAUCCACUCCAGAAUUCACGUCCAGCUACUGUCACAGCCUACAGAUGCAUGCCGGACUCGAGGAGCAAUAGCCGACAGUCCGACUGCUUACUCAUGAUUGUACAGCUCUCUGCAUCUCUAAAAACAUGAAAGUAAGCCAGGAGAGAGAGCACACACACACUGGGUGGAGCUUAGAUCUGUUUCUUAUGAAAUACUUUGAGUAUUUUUAUUAUUACUGCCCAUUUUGUGGUGUGAUUUUUGUUUCUUAAGUCAUUUUUAUCUUCUUCCUAAGACUGGUGUCUUGUUUUCGCUUGAGUAGAGAAGAGCAGCUUUGCUUCCUUUGUGAUUUUAUUUUGACUCCUGACCCGAUUUCCAUGUCUUGCUUCUGCAGAAGCUUUACAGUACAGCUGUAUUUCUGCUGCAUGUGGGGAUGUUAGACAUCUUUCUCUGGGACUGAGAGGACUCUUUUUGUUUGGCCCUUUGCUUGGCUUACAGUCCAGUCUGUGGCAGAGAUGAGUGGGCGAUGUUCUGCUUCUUCUGGUGCUCUUGAGAUGCCUCUCUUUUGUAGUGGAAUAAAAUGAAAGUGCUGUGCUUAAAAUGAUUCCACAGUUUGGUCUGAUGUCUUUUGUCAUUAUCAGUCAUGAAGUUGGCAUAUUAAAUGGAACUUAUUAUGCUCAUUUCCAGCUAUUAGAGCAGCUUUGCAUGAUUCACAGUUUAAAAUAAUCAUUUAUCUUAUGAAGACCCCCCCCGUGUGCAACCCUGUAUGAAAUAAGCCAUUAUUAGCUCCUCUCCAUUUACACCAGUAGUUCUCAGACUACUUCUGGUGUUUGUGUUUUUUUCCCAACAAGCAAAAGGUUCCUGGUUCAGUUGUAGGAGGAGACAAAUAUCUUCGGGGUUGUAUCA